UUUGCUGCUAUGACUGCGUUCCUUGUACAGAGGGGACCAUCUCAACUCAGGAAGAUAUGGAAAAAUGCACCAAGUGUCCAGAUGAUAAAUAUACAAAUGAGAAUCGAGUCCAAUGUAUCCCCAAAGUUAUAACUUUCCUGUCUUAUGAAGAACAUCUGGGCAUCAUGCUGGUUUCCUUGGUCCUGCUCUUUUUCCUAACCACAGGCUUUGUUGUCAUCAUAUUUAUUAAAUACCAAGAAACUCCCAUUGUCAAAGCCAACAACCGGGACCUCUCCUUCAUCCUCCUGGUCUCCCUCCUGCUUUGCUUCUUGUCUACUUUCCUCUUCAUUGGACAGCCAAGGAAAGCCACCUGUCUUCUCCGACAAACAAUGUUCAGCAUUGUCUUCUCAAUAGCUGUGUCUUCUGUGUUGGCUAAAACAAUCACAGUUGUCCUGGCCUUUCUGGCCACAAAACCAGGGAACAGGGUAAAGAGAUGGUUGGGGAAGAGUUUGGCCAACUCUAUCAUCCUUUCUUGUUCUACUAUCCAAAUGUUAAUCUGUGCCAUGUGGGUGGGAGUUUCUCCCCCAUUCCCUGACUCUGACUUCCACUCCCAGCCUGGAGAGAUCAUCCUGCAAUGCAAUGAAGGCUCUGUCACUAUGUUUUAUGUUGUCCUAAGCUACAUGGGUUUCCUAGCUGUCAUCUGCUUCACAGUGGCUUUCCUGGCCAGGAACCUCCCUGGGGCCUUCAAUGAAGCCAAGUUAAUCACCUUCAGCAUGCUGGUCUUCUGCAGUGUCUGGGUCUCCUUCCUGCCCACCUACCUGAGCACCAAGGGGAAAUACAUGGUGGCUGUGCAGGUCUUCUCGAUCUUGGCCUCCAGUGCUGGAUUGUUGGGCUGUAUCUUCUUCCCAAAAUGCUACAUUAUCAUUCUGAGGCCAGAUCUAAACACCAAAGAACAUCUAAUGGUGAAA